UCACCCAGAAGUUCUCACGGAUCUGGAAAGGCAGUCCUGUGGUCCUUGUGACUGGGGAGGAGUGGGUGAGGCUGGGUAGCAUCAGAGAACCAAAAGGUGAUAGGAGAUGCAUGGAAAUGCUUUCGGGGAACAGGUCUGGGCACGGAAGAGGCGGUGGACACAGCUGCUGCUGGGCUAGUGGGCCGCGGGAACCGGACUUGGUGCCUGGGUGAUGGGGACUAGUGGAUGUAAUGGAGAAAUGGGAGACUGGAGGGGGUUGGGGAGAGAAGCAGGGCUGGAGGAAGGCAGGAAAGCACCAAGAGCAGCAAGGAUGGGGGCCGCCAAAGAGAGGGGCUGUGCUUUCCGCUUUCCGGAGCUUGCCUCUCUCUUCCCUUGGCAUCUCCCGGGGCUGAGUCUCUGCUGCAGCCCGCCCCCAAUCCUCAGGCGGAGCGCAUCAUCCUGUCGUGCGCUCUGCCUCUGGCAGAGGGUCCCCUCCACCACACCUUUUGGCUCGCCGGCGGCAGCUCCUAAGAGGCCACUCAGCCGGCGAUUCUGACCAAGGCCUGCAGCGGAUAAGGCAGGGGAGGUGGAUUCGCUCCCAGUGGUUUUACCCACUAAAAUGAACUGGACUGCUGCCACAUGCUGGGUUCUGCUACUGGCCGCCGCCUUCCUCUGUGACAGCUGUGCUGCCAAGGGCGGCCGCGGAGGAGCUCGGGGCAGCGCCCGCGGGGUGCGUGGAGGGGCACGCGGGGCUUCUAGGGUGCGCGUGAGGCCGGCGCCUCGCUAUGGCUCUUCUCUACGUGUGGCAGCGGCCGCGGCAGCUGCAGGCACCGCGGUGGGUGCCGCGGGCCUUGCUACCCGCUCAGGCUGGAGGAGGACCGCAGGGCCUGGGGAGCUAGGCCUAAAGGACGACGAAAAUAUGACAGCAGACAGCAACGGGACAGACCGAGGAGUCUAUAGCUACUGGGCCUGGACUUCUGGCUCAGAGUCUACACGCGGUCCACGUCUUUGCCUGCUGCUGGGCAGUACCCUAGGUGCCCUGGAAUUGCUUUGGUCCUAGACCCAGCUGAGUUUGGGCCCAAAUCUGGGCCCCAGUCUGUGUCAUCUUCGCAGGCCCCUAGGGCCCACCCAUAAGGCCUCCAGCUCUAAGUGUCACUUUCUUCUGUUGCCCAUGAUCCCCCAGCCCAGAAAACUGCCUGAACGGGUUCUGGCCCCACAAGACCUCCUCAGUCUGUGGACACUCUUAACCUCCUAUCCAUCCCAAUCUCCCCAUUUCCCACCCUGGCAGGAACUAGAAGCACCCCUGACAAAGAAGCAGGCUGCCCUUCACUCUCCAGAGCUGUCUAAAGAUGCCAAGAGGAGGUACCAGGCCACCCCUAUCUGCUGGUCCACCCUGGUCACAAGGAAGAGGCCAUCCUCUGGUGGGUCCUAUUCUUCCACUGAAGCCCAAAACACCUAUGGCCUCCCACAGAAGCAGAGGAAAUGGACCCAAGGACUUCACAAUUUGGUGGAAAGAGGAACAUUUACUCAGGCUGCAAUGUGGAUUAAAUGUCAGGUGCUAACCACCUGCCCAAAGCAGGUCCUGAAGCAUUCACAGCUCAGGAACAUUCAGAGCAGGAAAACAUCCAUCCCAGGACAUCCACUGUGGUCCUCCUAGAACAUGCUGUCAAGACUAAGAUAGCACCUUUUCCUGGCAGACUAAGACCUCCUGACAGAGAAGGGUUCCCCAAUUGGAGCCACUUGGCCCUGAGGACCACUUAACUGUUUCUGAGAUCCCCCCAAGGGGAGGGGACUCACAUUCAAGAGCAUUCCAUUUCCUUUGAACUUCUGGUUCAUAUUUAAGGGUUACUUGGAAACAAGAUCAAACCUGCUAGAGCCCUCACUUAAUGCAAGCUGCAUGGUUCUCACAGUGCCAGUGGGCAGCUCCCACUGGGAGACCUCUCUUAAAAGCAGAUGGACCAGAGAAGUGAGACAGGAUGUGACACAAGUAGAAGCUGGCAGCCUGAACACUGGAGAAGGCAACAGUUCAUCAAGCCCACAGCUGCUGAAGAAAGGUUAACACAGCCCCAGCCUCGGGAGCCUCAGCUGGAAGGGUGGGUGAGCCUGAGCUAAUAACUGAAAGCUUUCUUACCAUCCAAGGUAAUCAUGAGGGCAAGGCUGAUGCUGAGAGGCUUCAAGGAGAUGCAGGGCAGUCCUCACAAGGAUCUACCUUUGUGCAAACUUGCUCCUUUCUUCUCCUGGACCCACCAGAACCAGGCCCACUCCUGCCCAUGAGCCAGGCUCAAGGGGCCCCUGGCUCUGCCAAGUUCUCUAGCUCUAAUCAUUGAAAUACCCCAAGGCUAAGCAGGUUUUCCCAGGCCCUGUGCCCCUUGGUGCUCCUGAGACACUUAUCUACAGCUGGGCUGUUCUCAAGACUCAUCCUUGCCCCCCUGAAGUGAUGGAACACUGGGCUUGGUCAGUGUACACAAUGCUGAGCUGGGACAGCUCUGGUUAGGGUGUAGGUUUCAAGGCUAUUGGCAGAACCCUAGCCAAGCAUUUUCUUGACCAGCAAGUUGCAGAAUGCAGCUCCCUGCAGCCUCUCAUCCAUACUACCGGUGCUCUCAGGCACAGCCAGCUCCCAAUGUACUACUGUCCCAAACAGACCAAGCUCAAUGCCAAAGACCAGCAAGCUAAGGGCCAAGCCCAUCCAGGGGGCUCAAAAACAGAUGAGAGCCAUCUGCCAUCAAGUCUAGUGGGAGACCCACCAGAGCUCCCUCAGCUUAUCAAACAUCCACAAGGAUGGGUUGUAUGGACCAGACUCUCACAUACCAGAGCACCAUGUAUUAGAAAAUUCUGGACACAAUGAAAACAUUACCUUUUAAUGAUUACUUCAUAUGCCACUCUGACUUCUCCAAUGUAUUUGGUAUUUGGCAUAGCUAUAAAUUUUUGAAUACUUUUCCUGUCAACAGGAAGUAUAAGAUGCUGAGGAGGAAUCUUAGGGCAGGCUUAUCAUGCCUGGCAGCUAUAAGAGGCACCACUGGAAGGCUAAAUUCUAAUUGCCAUCCACAGGAAACAGAUGGCUGGCUGAGCACCCAAGCCCUGGUGGACAAUCACACAAUGGGAAGGUCAUAUAGAUGAGACUGGAGUUAUUGACCAGGUCUCACCCUGCUGGCCCAGCAGUACCUCCAUCUGCACCAACCGGCCCCUUUUUUUCUUUCUAGAAUGUAAGCUGCUGGCAGCAACACGUUCUAGGUGCCUAUAGGUACAUGGAGGUCAGCAAUGCUUGGAUACCCCCUGUGCCACCUCCUGCACCACCUCCUGCAGGUACCAUGAUCCCACUGGCUAGACGGUGAUCCCCUGCCAGUGAUCCCCUGGGCUGUGCAAAGUUGAGCCCAGAGCAGUCUCCCGAGGUACAAACUCUGAAGCACAAAGGUAGAGGCCAGUCCUGAGCUUCACUAUUCCAAACCUCUUGUCCAUGUCUGUGUAUAUAUGUAACGAUGAAGAGUUCAUUGUGAAAUAAACCCCUCUGUUGGUAA